AUGUCGCUGAAGCCUUCGAGCCGUAACCGCAAGCAAGUCGUGGGUGGUUGGCAAUUCGACGCAUUGGACGAAACGAGGCCUGGGAGAGUAAUGCCAGAAUUACCCAGAGAACUUUGGAUAGAGAUUCUGGCGAUGGCAAGUUGUCAGUACUUGGGUAAGGCCUCAGGAUUGGUUGGAAGUGGAGGCAAGUAUGACUACCCGCCGAGAACAGCCAACGGUCGACUCGGAGCUAAAUCGGACAUCCUCUCUUUCUCCCUCGUUUCAAAAGCGUGGAAUACCUAUUCCCAACCCGCACUUUAUCACACAAUCCAUAUCCGAAAAAGUUCUCAGGCGAAAGCUCUGGCUUGGACGUUAUUGAGUCAGAUCUGCGGUGGGCCGCCACCUGCACAGACAUUGCCUAUUCCCUCUUAUUCUCCACAGCCGAUAUCAUAUUCUGCUUCUUGUUCGAGUGUCGGUUCGUCGUCGGUAAUACCAAGCACCGGACUUGAAACCAGUGGAAGGCAUAUCCGAUACUUGACGCUUUCCACACUCUCCUACGACCGGUGUGAUCCUUCUGACGUCCUUGUUAUCUUGUCGUCGUCGCCACAUCUAGUAGGCUUUUGUGAUGAGGGAGGUAUCAGAUGUCCAUUAUUGGACGACUGCUGUGAUUGGAAAGCGACCCCCGAAAAGUUGUUAGGUGUUUUAGUGGCUGCUUCGGCGCAAGAUAAGGAGAAGGGAAGGAAGAGCCGAAGAGAAAGUAAACGGUAUAGUAACGGCACUAUUUCCGCUCCUUACUCCUCAAACACUGCCCGAUUAGAAUGUCUAACAUGGACUUGUUAUCCACAUUUACCGCUCCCUCUACCUAUUCCAUUCUCCCCUUGCGGUGAAUUUACCGGCUUCAACUCACUCCGCUCCCUUCACCUUUACCUCCCAUAUAACGACGGGAUGGAGUCUUUUUCUUUUCCCGAAUACCCGGAGCUAGACGGGAGUAUCAAUACUAAAUAUCAACCUCCUCUACAUCUUCCCUCACUAACCAAGCUUACUUUGACACUAUCCGAUCCGAUUUUAUCCAAGUCACAUAAAGGGUCUACGGGUUACACGUACUCGACGCCACCCAACACCCUCUUGACCCUCCUUGCCGAAUGGGUUCUACCCUCAUUAAGGAUCCUGACAAUGAACACGCCUUACACGUUGCAUCAUUCUAGUGAUGGGAGAGGUCAAAAUCCCCAGCAGCAUCAUGACGCGAAUGAUGCUGCUGAUGAAAGACUAGGCUACAAACUUGGAGAUGGGUUUUGGCGAUUCUUCAAAUCUCAUGGCAGUAGAAUUGUCGUGCUGGAGUUCGGCAGGAUCAGCGCUGGGUCGCAAAUUUCCCCUCGCCAAACUCUCAGUCCACUCAGCCGUCUUGCCUCACGUGCUUCUCACAUUGCGAGAGAAGGAUAUGCUGAAGGCAGUGAAGCACCUGGUUAUGGAUACGAAUAUUCAUACAUCCGAGACGUACAGGAAAUGGAAGACCGUUGGAUCGAAGCUCAGGUGCGAGAUGCGAAUCGGGAACAGGUCGAAGCUGAAAGGCUAGCUGAGGUCGAAAGGGAGAGGGAGGAAUUUGAGUCUUGGACAAAACCUUUUCCUCCGAGUGCAGGGGCUGCAGCCGCCUCAUCACCAAUGUCCUCAUCCUUUUCAUCCAUGUCUGCAUCUUCUCAAAACCUUGCCUCCCUCACCCCCAACCUCAGAACAUUCAUCUGUUCUGCCUCCCUAUCCUCUUCUCAUGAUCAGGAUCUCACCUUCAAUGGCCUCGAUGCCUUCGACGACGCCGCUGAUGCUUUUGAUGCUUUAGAGUGGGACUGGACUCACCCUGAUUGGGUCGCUCCUCAUCCUUUGUUACCUAGUCAUCCAAAUGUGCGGAUGAUUGGCAUCCGUGAAAUCGGAGAGAGGGUUAGAGCUGAUUGGGAUGAGCGAGAAGAGGGAGUUAUUUGGGAUCAGUCUGAAUUGGGAUCUGAAAAUGGUAUGGGUGAUCACAACAACCCUUUCUUUAUGCUUUAUCUCCAGUUAUCUUCUCUGUUGCUUCCUUCUGUGGAUGAUGCCGAACAUCCUGAUGAGGUACCAGGAUCAUCAAUCAGACGAGAAAGACAGAAGGUCCCUUUUCCCUCAUUGAAAUAUAUCAGGGAUUUGGACCCGGACAGUGAUCUCUUACGACGCGGUGUGCGUCAUUUGGAGAGAACAUCGAUACCCUCUGUGAUGGGACCCAUGCAGGGAGCUUGUUCUCCUGUAAUGUCCCAGACUCAUGACCGAAGAUGGUCAUGGCGUCGUCCUUCACUCCCUUCACUUCAUUCGUUCCUACCCUCGCCAUCAUAUACAUCACAAUUUUCGAACAUUAUAUCUGCUCGGAACUCCUCCCGACCACCACAUAUCAGUCUCUAUUCUGUACAAACCCAAACUAGGUCGAGGCCGCAAAAUGCCUCAGAUGCCUCCCACAGUGCCCUGUUGACUCUCUGGUCCCGCGUCUUAUUCGCCACCCGAGGAGGCGAAGUUUGGUUAGAAGACUGGCGCGGGUGGAAUUUGACGAAGAACAAUCUGGAGAGGUGGAAAAGGUGUUAG